AUGAAUGAUAUGCAGAAUUCUAUUCGGCACAACUUGUCACUUCACAGUCGUUUUAUGCGUAUACAAAAUGAAGGCACAGGCAAGAGUUCUUGGUGGGUUAUCAACCCUGAUGCCAAACCUGGGAAGUCCCCACGCAGGAGGGCAACUAGCAUGGAUACAAAAGCAUAUGAAAAGAAACGUGGUAGAGUGAAGAAAAAGGUGGAGCAACUCCGCCAAGCUUUAGAAGGGAGUCCAGCCUCCUCAGAUGGCUGGGUGGAUUCCCCUCUCCAUCACCAGCUAAGUCCCGAGCAUUUCCGCCCACGUGCAAGUUCUAAUGCCAGCAGCUGUGGUCGCCUCUCACCCAUAUCAGCAGUGUAUGAGCCAGACUUGCAUGAAAACCAAGUUCCUCCCAUGUCUCCUAUACCUUGGAAUGACAUGGGCAGCUCCUCAAAUCUAAGUGCUCCUUUUAACAAUAGUGGACAGGACAGGUUUGCUGACUCACUUACUGACAGUAUGGCAGACAUGAUGAAGUUAGAACCCGGCAAUAUGUCACCAUGUAUGUCUGCCUUCACUGGAGAUCAGUUUGACGCAAUGAAUGGUGGUGGUGGAUCACGAAACAGUCCCAUGCCUCCCACUUUCACCACAUUAACCAACGUCCCCAAUGUAAGCAGUUUUAACAAUGUAGGACAAACCCUGGGACAGUUUGGUCCACAACCAACAUCGCAACAGAGUAAUGGCUACAAUAACUUGCAGUUUGGCUCCAACCUCCCAGCACCCCCACCUUAUCCAGAGACACUGCGCAGCAGUCCCCAACAUAAUAUUAUAUCCACUACCAUCCAAAAUGGUCAGAUGAGUGAAACACGGGAGUUCUUGGAUUUGGAUGAAUUGAAUUCCUCCAUGGGUUUGUAUCAACCAGAGCCCAUCAUGGGAGACAACCCUAUGUUGUCCACUACAGGUUUAGGCAUGCAAAACCAGGGCCGAAAUCUGGACUUCACCCUGAACAACCACAGUGCAUUCCGUAAUACUAACAGCCUUAAUGUGGUACAGCAACAGCAGCAGCCAUCACAGCAACCCCAGCGUUCACCUCAGCUCCAGCGGGCAGUACAGUCUCAACAGCAACAACAUGCGCCAGUGAACAGAGUAGGUCUGUCUGUUGGCACAGAUAAUUCUCUGCUGCGUCAGGCCUUGCAACAGCCACAGACCAAACAGUUGCAAGUACCUCGGAUCUCGGGCUCUCCUACCAGCUUGCAAAUGAAUACUUCUAAUUUCAUGGGGAACGUUGCUAAUGUGAACACUGUGAACAUGCAACAACAGCAACAGAUGGGUGGGCAACUGCAAAUGUUUCCUAAUGAUAUAGACCUUACACUGGAUAGCCUGCAAGCAGAAGGCAUAGAAUGUGAUGUUGACCAAGUUAUACGACAGGAACUUAGCAUAGAUGGAAACUUAGACUUUACUUUUGAUCAACUUCAGCAGAAUUUUCCAAACUCUAAUACCAAUUUGGUCCAGUGAGAUGAAUAUCAGCAGUUUUAUUGCAUUUAGGAGUAGGCACGGCCUUCCUUCUGUUGAUAACAUAAACAAAAGGAGUAUUUGACACACCAGCUUAUACAGUGAAAUGAACAGAAGUAAUUACUGUGCCAGGUGUGAUGUAUAUAUGGUUCUGGUAAAAAUCAUAUCAGGUUUAUGAAGUGGAGGUCAUGCCAGCUGCAGUGUGAAAAAAAAAGGUGAAAAAAAAAGAUUGUACAUGAUCAGAUAAAAUGGUUUAUGUCAGUCCAUUGUUGUGUGUGGAGAGAACACUGUUACCAUAUAUCAUUGUUAUAGAUAGAACAAAAUUAAUGAUAGGAAAACUGAAGGAAAUGCAAAGACUGAAGGCUUGGCUAAGGUUGGGAUGGAAUCUUCAAAUUAAUUAAAAUUAAAUAAUACAAUUGUUAUGAAAUUUACAAAUUUGAAGAAAAUUCAGCAACAUGAGACUAGCCAGUAAGAGAGGUGAUAUAUAAUGAAUUGCAUGUUAGGGACCUUGUUGCUGAUUGAGUUGUUCUGCUUGUCUUGGACUCCAUUCCCAUGUACACACUUGGUCUACAUAUAUCGAUCCAACUAUGCAGGGACACUCGCUGAGUGCCAUCAGCGUAGCUAAAUGACACUAGUUACCAGUUUACUCCUAUAAACAACAGCUUUUCUGUCUUUAGCACCACGGCAGGAGGAGGUGUGUCAUUAAGGUAAGCUGGUUUUCCCCAGGUUAAGUACCCUCAAGAGUUGGAUAGAUCUAUGUAGCCUGAUGGUGUCAAUGGAAAUGGGGUCUAAAAGUGAAGUAAAUAUUUUUUAUUUAUAUUUUAUGCCAUAAGAACUAUGAACUAAGUGCUUGAAGAACAGAAGGUUUGAUUUGUGAAACAACAAGGUUUUGCGAGAGGAUAAGAUGAGAACUGACUUGUUUGUUAGGAAUUAUACGAUAAUAAGGAUAAUAAGUUACUGCAUACUGAGAGAAGCUUUAAUUCACUUUGGAUAGUUGAUAACUGAUAGUGUGAACAUGCUAGCUAGCAUGUGUACUAAACACAUGCUUGGAACCAUAUGGCAAAUAUAUCUAGUACUGUGGACUGAACAGCAGCAUGUAGUAGAUUGGGCAAUUAAGUGGAGAGAUUCUUAUUUAUUGAAUGCUAAGCUGUCACAUUUUUAUGAACUGGGAAAAAGUCAUAUCCAUUGAUUUCUCCAAGCAAUCAGUUUAGGUGUCGUAUACAGCAUCCGUAAGUUCAGAUGAUUGUGUUACAUCAGCUGAUAAGAAAUAAUGGCAAUAACUGUCAGCAAAUAUAACCUUACACACAUUUGCCUCACCAAAACUCCCUUUUACAGCUAGUACUAGUUGCAGUUUUAUUCUAUAUAUACUUUCCCCAUUAUUUUGUGUUGUUAUAUUUCACUAGAAUACAACACUGAAUAUGUGUUGCUGUAGGAAAGACCCAUUGCAUGAGGACUUACAGAGACCUUACAUGUGUGAGACACAGGUGUUAGGGAACGCAACCUGAAGAACAGUGAAAGAUGUGAGCAUUUAAUUUUUUUCAUCUGCUAACAUGGUUUAAUUUCAUCACACAGGUUCCUUCCUUUCUCUCCCAUUGAUUGUGACAUAUCUUUUCUAUAAGGUUUAUAAAACUUCUCAAAAUUAUUAUAAGUGCUGUGGCUGUAGUAAAAGGGGUAAAAGUUAAAGCAAAGUAGGAGUAAAAUGUUCAGCAUAUUUCCAGGAUGUGUACCAGGCCUGCCAAUUAUGGGAAGAAGUAAGACCGUAAGACUUGCAUCAUUUUUACACAACUGCAAAUGUGGAAAGGUGUUCACUGGAUGGUAAAAUAUGUCUAUGAUUUAUAACUAGUGUAACUUCUUAAAAUUGUGAUUUGAAUAUUAUGAGCAUUUUGCAGCAGUGUAAAAUACUAUGACAGUUUGACAAGUGAAAAAAAAA